AUGACCGAGCAAGAGGUCAUGGUUGCACUCGCUGCAGCGCUCGUUAAUGUCCGAGUCCUGGAUGCCGAUCCUCAAUCUUCCUUCACUGCAGUCUACCGCGCUCUUGAAGACGUAGAACGGCUCAUCUUUUACCAUAAAGAGCAAUUCGGGAUCCACUCGGUGCACUUCCAGCAAGGGUGUGAAGAAUUUCUGCUGCUGAGCAACACACUUGCGAUCAAAGCCCUACAGACAUCCUCGCCUGAGGACGUCGUCACAAUCGAGCAAUGCGGUGAUCUUCUACUGCGAGCAGAGCAGCAUACGCGUCAUACCGGCUACUUGCGCAGUCUAGCAGAGUCUCAACAUAUGAGUCGACGACGAGUAUUCCGCCUCAUCACGCUCAACAACCUCGCUUGCCAUGCCAAACACACUGGAAAGCCUCUUGUAGCCGUCGGUUUUCUCGAAAGAGCGUUGAAGUUGCAGCUCAAGUUGCAAGGUACUGAACUCACCAUUCCAGCGUCCGAGGUCGCUCUCACUCGACUCAAUUUAUGCGCCGUGCUCUCACACUUGCACCGCCAUGCUGCAGCCACUGCACAUGCCAAGGCUGCAGUGGCACAUCUUUCAAGUUGUGGGAACGCACUUAGCGUCGAGGUCGCUCAGUUGCUGCUAGUGGCACAUUACAACUUUGCAGUCGAACUCGAGCAUCUCUGCGAUCGCGAUGCAGCUUGGCGUCAAUACGAGUCCGUGUUGACUGUAGCGGACCACUAUAACAUCCAGAAUGACCUCGUCCAAAGCGUACGGGCUAUACUAGUCCAGGGUGAUCAAAGAAACAGACCUGCUAGUAGACAACCUUCACCGCGAGAACGAACGCCGCGAGAGCGAACGCCACGAGAAGUUUACAAGCCCCAGCGUAGACCUCUGUCUCCAAAGACAUUGCGGCAAAAUUCAGCAUAA